CCACGUGGGCGGCCAGCGUGGCAAGCAGAUUGUGCAAUCCUUUCAUUCGAGACGUGUUGCUGAGCAGAUUGGGCGGACAUUGCAGUGGCGCGCACAUUAUAAUUCUGGCCUUAUUCAGACUCUCAUUGGUUUCCUGUCCCAAAGUUGGGCAAUCUGAGGAGGAAAAUCCUCUUCCAAGCCAGGGUUCACCCUUGCAAUCCAAAUGGCAUCAAUCUCUUGCGCUCGGCAGAUAGGCAAUUGUGGUGCAGCCACCACCAAAUGUGUCAACUCUACCCAUUCUUCAGCCACUAGACCAAGUGCUGCUCCCGUAGCAUUGCUUCGGCCUCAGUCAAUGCAGCAGCUUUUGACACCAAAGCGCCAAUUUUCACCGCCAGCAUUGCGGGAAUGCUCUCAAAAACAAACAUGGCACAUGGCGCGCAAAAGUCAGAGGACCCGAGUGGGGAGAGGCGCUGCAAUGAUGCAAGCGACGGCCACGAAGACAUCGUUCCACAUUGGCGAGACUACCAUCACAAUCCCCUUGACGGCCGAGAUUGCGCAGGAGUUAGAUGAUGGUUUGUCAUCAGUUCUGCAAACUUUCAAGGACAAGGAACAAGCCACCCGUCCUAAGAGGUGGGAGAGCUUAGAUUGGAAGCACAAAGGCGACUUAGCAGCUGGAGGGGUUCACCUUGAGGUGUUUUGCAACCCCAAUGCAUAUGCGAAUGCGUUUCAAGCAAAGGUCCUCAUCACUGCAAAGGAUGACCGGAUGCAGGUCACAGCGGAAGGUCAAUUGAGCGCGUUGAAAGCAGACAUAAGCACAUUCCUAGAGAGUCAAUGACUGCUUUGUCAUUAGGAAGAGUCCCAGACGUCGGAGCUAUACUUUUGCUAUUGACGUUUUCAAUAAGGUCAACUACAUGCUCAGGAAGCCGUUUUCCGUGGCUUUUCAGAUAUGGGAUACCAUGUACCUCUCACAUCAAUAUUCUUUGAGUGGCAAAGGUGUGUUAAGCUACCUCAACGAUUGUACUGGAGGCACGUCCACUUCCAAUUCCAGCAGUCGAAUCUGCACCUUCAAUCUUCCUGCAGCUUAAGAUCAUAUGUGCAAGG